AUGGGAAUAGAUCAGAAGAAUUUAGUGCUACACUUUAAUCCUCGAUUUGAUGCCCGUGGAGACAAGCAAAAGAUCAUUUUGAACUCUAAGCGGGACAGCGUCUGGGGAGCAGAGAAGAGGGAAAGCGUCUUCCCCUUUAAGGAGGGGUCAGACACCAAGGUACGUCUAAGCUGGGAGGGGCAGGACCAAUGUUGGAUGGGGGUAAAGUGGCAACACUGCUCAUAUUGGACACAUCCUAUCAAUCUCCAAAAGAUGCAGGAAGUGGUUAGCGAUGGCUUAAUGUGUCUGUGUGUCUUCGCUAUAAUGGUUGCUCAUUCCAUGAAAGAUUAG